AUGGUGAGAAAAAGAAGAAAAAAAAGAGUCUUUACAAACCCGAGGGCCGGGCAUUGCCCAUUUAUAAUCAUCCACCCGCAGUGUGGGGAUCAAUGUAAGGCCGAUGAAUGGGUUCCCCUCAUGGGCACUUUCGUAGCCACUCCGCGGGUGUGUGCAGGGCCCUACCAUAUUUUCCUCCAUCGCCAAGCACAAAGACCGAGCACCGGCCGGAGAUUACUAAGCCCGUUGAGGUGGACUUUGGGUAAUUUGUUUGGGGUUUUGGCGCUUGGGCUUGCAAUGUUUGCGGGCCCAUUUAUCAAUUCCUUGCGGUCUUAUCGCGGCACGCGAAGCUUCGAUCUUCCGCCCUUCCCGCUUGUGCGUAUUUCGGAGCAAGUGAAGAAACUAGUGACGUAUUGGUGCGGGUUCCAGGCAAAAACACCCUCUGGCUGGUUUGCAUACGCCCAACCGAGAAGAGGGGGCAGUCUGCAGGGAAAAAUAUCUAUAAUCGCCGAGGAAACCGUAAAGAGAGAGGCGGAAGCGGCGGAUGGCGGCGCUAGUGGCCAAGGCAAAAAGAAAUUUUCAAGCUACGGGAAGUUCAUGUGA